CUGGGUGUUGUAUUGAAUGUUAAAGUGAAUACUGUCGAUUUUGCACAAUAGUGGCUCGUUCUCCCGCGGGCUUGUUCAAACAAAAGAUCUGCUUCUACAGAUAUACCUACCGUGUUGAAUGCCAAACAAAAGCCACCAGUUUGAGAAACGACUUUUUUUUUUAUUUUUCUAAGAGUUACCAACGAAAGCCAGCGAUCUUGCUGCAUUGGUCAUUUGCAAUCGAACCUUUGGACGUGCAACAUCCCUGAAGAAGUCCUCCGUAUUCGUUAAGUUGUGUGUUAGUUGCUUCAGUCGAUAAACCGUCGCGUGUUGAGACUUGUGUUUCCUGGAUUUGUGGCAGACAGCAUGGAAGAUAUACUUCAGCUACCCAACAGCAGUGAACAGCAGGAAACGAUGACACAAUCAAACUCAUCAUCCGAUAGUGAAGGAAGCUCCUGCGACGGACUUAACUACGAUACGGACACUACGCUAUGCUGGCGUCUUGAAAAAAUGGUGAACAACAAACUACUUUCAGACGUUACUUUUAUCGUUGGGCCCGAAAAACGCCGCAUCUAUGCGCACAAACAGUACUUGCUGACGGCUUCAGAGUUCUUCUACAAAAUGUUUUGUGGUAACUUCAUUGAAGCGCAACGAAAGGAAGUGGUCCUGGAAGAUGUCGAUGCAGAAUUAUUUUUAACAAUUUUACGCCUGGUGUACAGUAAGGAAGUAAAUUUGAAUUGGGACAACAUUAGUGCUGUUUACGAUAUUCUGCAACGGUUUUUGCUGAUAGACUAUUUUGAUCCUUUGAUCCGUUUUAUGAAAAACCAGGUUGUUAACUUGGACACAGCAAUAAUGGUGUUCCUAAAGAAUGAUCAUUUUAACUUCGAGCAAGUUGACGAAAAAUGUAUGCGCUACAUACAAACCAACCCGUUGUACUUCUUCAGAAAAGACGAGUUCACCUCAAUGCCGGAUGCCAGAUUGAACAAAAUUCUCCAAGCUCAACGCAUAAACUGCACCCAUGUCCAACUCCAACAGGCCGUUGUCAAGUGGUCGUCUGCAAAUGGUGGUUGUGGUUACAACAACCUUAAUAAACUCUUAGAGGAAACAUGUCGUAAACCCUAUGCUCAAAAAUUGCAUUUGAUGAACUACGACCUGACCAAAAAAGUCUCGUGUCUUAGAGGUGAUGUAAAAUUACGACUGACAUCAACAAUACCAUUAGCGCUGUAUGGCUUUGGAAUGUAUGUUCCUGGAUCCGAUAAGCAUUCAUUGAUUGCAUCGUUUACUCUUGAUAAAGGUGGAGUAAAAGUACGCGAUUGCGAAAUCAAAAUGAUUCCUAGCCUCGGGUACGAAAUAGUGGAUACAAUGUUUGAAGAGGUCGUAUUAGAACCAAAUGUUCAGUACAAAUUAUGUUUUUAUGAGCCAAGUUGUCAACUGAUGAAAGUCGUAGGCUCACCGGUGCUGGUUCAUCAUCAUAUUAAAAUAGAUUUUGAGUCAGAUUACUGUCCUCCGUUAGCUUAUCUUUUUGCGAAAUAUGCGGACUGUGAUGUAUUACACCUACCACAAUUGUGUUGUAACACAAAAUGCAUGGUUAAAUUAGAAAAUUCUUGAGCUAAUGUAUAUCUGAUGCAAAAUAUGGUGUGGAAUGAUGGAAUUAUUUCUUGUACUUCAACGAUGAAUUAAUAAAUGUUUACCUAUCAUACUAUAAUUGGUUUAUUCAAUCUAAGAAUCUAACAGUUGAUCAGUAAAAUGAGCAUUCGUAAAAAAUCGUUGAAAUUUAAAGUUCCGACAACCAUAAACACGGACAUGGAUUGUCACAUUGUGACACGUGACAAAACUGACAGCCGCGCACGUCACGAAUAAAUGGUACAACCCGGUACCGUGUUCCCCCAUACAAAUCCUGUCAUACGGAAAGGAAGAGAAGUUUUCUUGUUUGCGCCGUCCGUUCGCUUUCAUUGUUGAAAUAGCAGUCGCUCGGAGCAGUUCAUUCAAGUUGUUCAGUGAUUGCCUUAAAGUAGCACAUCCGCCACUCUCUCUCUCUCUCUCUCCGCCCGCCCGCUCGCUCUCAACGAAACUUCCAGACGGACCAUCUCCGACCCCAGCAAGCAAGUGUGUGCGUGUGCACGAGAAAUAAACGCGUGAAAAUCCCGUCAGCUCCCCCCCGCCC